AUGGGAAAAAGGGUUCCUGUAGAGUAUUGGAAACUCCUAUUACAUGACAGGGGCGCGUGCCAACACUCGCGAUCACGUUGGGUCGAGCGUUUCCAAGUUCGAAUCUUGUUCAAUUAAUAAAAUCCCUCUUUCGGAGUUUAAAUUUAAUAUUCCCAAUUGAAACAAUAAAGGGAAAGACGCGAAAAGUAAAAGGGAAAUCCGGCGAUGUACUACGAUUCGCACACACCAACAUAUAUAGAUACGCCUAUUCAACGGUAAUAUCUAUAUAUUUCUGCCGGAAUUCGAAGGUUUCUUGGGGUGCGUGCAGCGGCGGCGACUCAGAUCUGAGUUUCUAGGAUUCGUGGAACUUAUUUUACUUCCUGACACAAUCUUCAAAAGGUCUUUCACAUUCGAAGCCUUAAAUAUUGAGAAAUGGCAGAUGGUUUUUCAAGUUUUUGGGGCCCUGUAACAUCGACUCAUGAGUGGUGUGAGCCAAAUUAUGUCCACUCUUCCUAUAUUGCUGAAUUUUUCAACACCGUCUCUAAUGUCCCCUGCAUUAUUCUGGCACUUAUCGGUCUUGUGAAUUCACUGAGACAGCGUUUUGAGAAAAGGUUUAGUGUCCUUCAUAUAUCCAAUAUGGUACUUGCCAUAGGAAGCAUGUUGUAUCAUGCCACACUGCAGCGGCUGCAACAGCAAGGUGAUGAAACACCUAUGGUCUGGGAAAUGCUCCUUUAUAUCUACAUCCUAUACUCUCCGGAUUGGCAUUAUCGGAGUACAAUGCCAACUUUUUUGUUCCUCUAUGGUGCAGUAUUUGCAAUUGCACAUUCACAAAUUCGCUUUGAUAUUGGUUUUAAAGUGCACUAUGCGCUGCUUUGUCUUCUUUGCAUUCCUAGGAUGUACAAGUAUUAUAUUCACACAGAAGACAAAUCAGCUAAGCGGCUUGCAAAGUUUUACCUGGUAACUCUUUUAGCUGGGAGUUUCUGCUGGCUAGUUGACCGUCUGUUUUGCAAGGACAUCUCUUCUCUCUGGUACUUCAAUCCACAGGGUCAUGCCAUGUGGCAUGUUUUGAUGGGUUUCAACUCAUACUUUGCCAAUACAUGCCUGAUGUACUGGCGUGCUGAACAACGAGGGUGGAAUCCAAAAGUAAAGCAGUUUUUGGGUGUCUUCCCCUAUGUGAAGAUUCAAAAGCCGAAAAUCCAGUAGAAGGUACUGCUCGUUAGCACCGAGCAUUGCCCGAGUGAGAGUGAAUACAUGUUUCGUGCUGGUAGGCAAGCGCAAGUUGUGGUAAUUCGUUUUUGUCCUUUUCAUUUGAAGCAUGUAAUGUAAAUGAUAGCUGGGGGUAAUUUUGGUUGGUUGAUAGUGGUUAAUUUUGACUGUAAAAUUAGCAUUUUGGUGAUGUAGCAUAUUUAUAUGUACUCCCACAGAAGAUUACGUGAACUAGGUAUACUUUAUUGAUUUCUAAUCUUUGAUUCUCUGCUCGGACGUAUUUUA